UUUGGACACACCAUCAUGACAAUACUCACUGUCUCUAAUAGCAGCCCUCAGGUCUCUACGAUGGCCGACAGAAAAAGCAGCAACGGCUCUCGCUUAUCAGCCAGGAGGAAAGAAAGAGCUGAGCCGGAGGUGAAAAAAGAUGAAAAAGCUCCUAAAGCUGGAGAGAAAUCCGAGGUGAGUGAGACGGAGGAGCCGCAGGAGAACGGAGCGACCGCAGCCGCCAACAAUGGAGAGAACGCUGAGAAACCAGAACCUAUGGAGCUGCCGCCCUUUGAGAUCAUCACCGGGAAUCGCAUCGAUCCAUUUUUCUUCAAGUUCCAGUUUAAGAACGUGGAAUACUCAUCAGGUCGGAAUAAAACCUUCCUGUGUUAUCUGGUGGAUCUCGGGCCCGGGGCCGACGGCCUCCUAAGAGGCUACAUAGAGGACGAGCAUGCAGGGGCUCACGCAGAGGAUGCGUUUUUUCAGCAGAUCCUGCCCGACUGUGACCCCGCCCUCAAGUACAACAUCACCUGGUACAUGUCGUCCAGCCCGUGCGCCGCCUGCGCUGCCAAACUGGCGGAGAUCCUCAAGACUCGAAAAAACGUCCGUCUGUCCAUCUUCUCCGCUCGACUCUUCGAGUGGGAGGAGCCAGAGAUCCAGGCGGGGCUAAACGCGCUGGUGGCCGCCGGCUGUAAACUCCGCAUGAUGAAGCCGUUGGAUUUCAACUACACCUGGGAUACCUUCGUGGAGAACGACGAUCAGCAGUUCACGGUGUGGGAGGACUGCCAGGAAAACUACGAGUAUUAUUCAGAGAAACUGGCUGACAUUCUGCUGUGAGACGGAUAACGCAGUGAUGAUAGCUGGCGUACGCUUUCCCAAAAGUGAAGAGAGAAAGAGAGAGAGAGUGUGUAUGUAUGUGUGUGUAUGCGUGUGUGUGUGUGUGUAUGCGUGCGUGUGUGUACUUUCUACACAAGAUGAAAUACAGAUUAAUUGAAUAAUUAGUUCUGUGAUGUUAUAUAAGCAUUAACAGGAUACUUUUAAAUGUUUACUAUUGAAUGAUUGUCUUUCAUAUGAUCUGUACACUUUUCUUUGGUGCGUCACUUUUCAUAUUUCAUCCUGUUUUAUAUUCUGAACCUGUGUUGGACUUAAUACUCAUUUUAUAGAUCUUUUUUAUGUUCAUGCUGGUCAGAAUUAUAACAUUUUUAUUAUAAUUCAAAUAUAAUAAACUUUACUGUUACAGCUGUUAUGAACUAUUAGACACACAAAAUAAAUAUAAUAUGAAAAAGUU